AUGGCCGGCCUUACGGAGGAGCAGAUCAACGCCCUCAUCGUCAUUGAGCGCACUUGCUCAACGGUAUCCCUGGUGGCAUGCGCGUUUACGAUUCUCACGUUUUGUUGCUCAAAGUAUUUCAGCAAAUCAAUUAACCGCCUAAUCUUUUAUGCGUCGUUUGGCAACAUCUUGACCAAUAUUGGCACAAUGAUGGGUCGAUCGUUUAUAGACGAGCCGGACUCGGCUGGUUGUCAGGCGCAAGCAUUUUUGAUCCAAACCUUCCUACCAGCUGAUGUACUUUGGACGUUAUCCAUGGCAAUUAACGUCUAUCUCACUUUUUACCACAAGUUCGAAGCCAGAGAUCUGCGCAGGAUAGAGCCCAUCUAUUUACUACUCUGCUAUGGCAUUCCGUUCAUACCGGGAUUCACAUUUCUUUUCGUAAAAGAUCGCGGAGGGGAUCGGAUUUAUGGCCCUGCCGUCUCAUGGUGCUGGAUAUCGCGUGAAUGGGAUGUUCUCAGGGUGGCGGCUUUUUACGCCCCGAUGUGGUUCUGCAUCCUCUUCAUAUUCGCCAUCUAUAUUCGGGCUGGCCGUACCAUCUUCCAAGUCCGGAAGCAGGUCUACGUCUUCCAGUCGUCUGAUCUCGACCCCAUUUCAAUAGAUGAAGUGACAUCCUUCCCUGCGACUGAUCCGACCCUCACCAUGGAGGCCAUUCACGACCCUGAUCCAACACAGCUUGAACAUAACCUCGGCCUCCAACAACCCAACAGCUAUGCGGGUGGUUCGAGCUCAGAAACUGCAACGAGGCCUCAUUCAGUCCAUCUUGCAACUAAUAAAUCCACUCAGUCGAACCAAUCUGAUGGGCCACACGCAACCUAUUACGAUUACGCCACGCCUCCUCACAGAGGGUCAAACCCACCGCAGCCACGACAGCCCUCCCACUCAGCAACAUCACGAGCUCUUCGCCUCAUUCGCCGACGAAAUCACGAGCGAGACAAUGCCGCUUGGUCGUAUACCAAGUGCGCUCUCCUUUUCUUUACCGCCAUGCUUAUUACAUGGAUACCGUCUAGCGCCAAUCGUCUAUACUCUCUCACCCACCACAAUUCCGUUUCCGCUCCACUGGAAUUUAUGAGCGUCUUCGUGCUUCCGCUGCAAGGAUUCUGGAAUUGCCUCGUCUACGUCGUCACGUCCUGGACGGCUACCAAGAACCUGUUCCACGACAUGUGGCUAGCGGGACGAGCGUUUGCCAUUGAUCGCAUGGACCGCAUUCGCAGACGGACGCAUAAUGAAGAGACGCCUGAAAGUUGA